UCUUGUGGAGAGACACGGCUAUGCUGUGUGCGCAAUUAUUAGUCAAGUCUUAUUUUUGAGGAUUAUAUUUAUGCAACCAACUGGGCACACUCCAGCCCAGUUGGUGGCGGUAGUGCGCCCAUAAAUUGGUCUGACACGCGCCAAUUGACGGAAGAAGGUGAUGGACGACAAUAACAACAACUAUGGCGGCUGCGGGACGGUUCAGUACCCCAGGUGUCCAGUCGAACAUUUCCAUUUCCCGUGUGGACAGCAAAGUCGUUUUGGAGCCAUUUAUCUGAAACCGCCGACAGGGCUGCUGCUUCCGCUGAGGAAGGCGAUGAAGACUCGCAGCCCAGCUGAGUUUCCAGGCCGACCCAGUCCGGAAACAAUGCGACCUCCCUCAAUGCAGUCCUGAAAAUAAAGCGAACUUCUCACUGAUCGCCAGUUCUACAACCAGACAAGAAACUCCCAAAACAAACCAGGACUUCAGCAAAAUAUGGAGAACCACUGCAAAGCACAAGCUGCCUGGGCAAAAGAAGAAAAGGAAAUAUUAGAAUCUCUGCAAAUGAAAGAAAAUUGUGGAGAACCGGAGCCUCUUUUCAUGAAAGAGGAGCUAAAGAAACUAGGGUCACAAAUAAAGGAUGAACAAGAAGAAAUAGAAUUUCAGCAGGUAAAAGGGGGACCAGAACCUUUGCAGAUAAAGGCCAAACAAGAAGAAAUAGAGCUUCAGCAAAUGACAGAGGAGAGAACGGAGCCCGAACCUCCACAGAUAAAAGAUGAACAGGGGGAGCUCAUUAUAGCUCUAAAGAAAGAGCGGCUAGAACUAAAACAGCUGACUGAUACCUGUACAGUGAAUACCACUUAUGAGAAAAGGGACCUGUGGGAACCAGAUUCAAACAGGGAGCUUCUUCUCGAGAUAUCUUUAGAACCUGAGAACAAAAACCAUGAAAUGGGCAAUGAUGAAGAACUGAAUCAAAGAGAGAGGUGUCAGAAAACCAUACAUCAAGAUGACAAUGGAAACAAUCCAAACACAAAACGAUUGGCAAAAACACACAUGAAUGAUAAUUUGUCUUCGUGUAAACUAUGUGGCAAAUUAUUUGCACGGUCUUAUUUGACAGAACACAUGAGAAUUCACACAGGUGAGAGGCUUUUCUCGUGUGCUACCUGUGGAAAAAAUUUUAUUACUGGAAGUAAGUUAAAAAUUCACAUUAGAACUCACACGGGUGAGAGGCCUUUCUCAUGUUUGACUUGUGGAAAAAGUUUUAGUGAUAGAGGAAAUUUGUCAAAGCACAUGAAAAGUCAUUCAGGUGAGAGGCCGUUCUCAUGUUUGACUUGUGGAAAAGGCUUCACUAAUAAGGGAAAUUUAUUUCAGCAUGCAAGAACUCAUACAGGCGAGAAGCCUUUCUCAUGUUUGACCUGUGGAAAAAGUUUUGCCCAGCAAAUUCAUCUGAAUGACCACAUGAGAGUUCAUACAGGUGAGAAGCCUUUCUCAUGUACAAGCUGUGGAAAACGUUUCAGUGAAAGAGGAAAUUUAUUUCAGCACAUGAGAACACAUUCAAGUGAGAAGCCUUUCUCGUGUUUGACUUGUGGAAAAAGUUUUACCCAGCAAAUUCACUUAAGUGAUCACAUAAAGAUUCACACCGGUGAGAAGCCUUUCUCAUGUUUGAGCUGUGGAAAAAGUUUUUGUCGUAGUAGUCAUUUGACUGUUCAUAUGAAAACUCAUUCAGGUGAGAAUUUAUAAGUCAUAAGAUUUAUUUUUAACAAGUGAAGUGCCAGAUGUGGAGUACUUCAUAUGAAACCUGCCUUCUUUGGAUUUAAGUUUUAUAGUUGUUGGUUUUCUCUAACAUAUCAAAAUGUUGGGCUUUUGAUCUGGUCAAC